AUGAGUGUGCCUUUGGACCGAAAAUCCCACUCUUACCCGGAAUCCUUACCCGGCUGCAUUUGUCCUGCUCCAGAGUCCUCGUCAAAGUCAUCGUUUUCCACGGCUCAUGCGUUUACGGUAAUGAGUGCAUCCCCAGUUACUGCAACAGGUCCAAGUGUGAGCCCCUCAAAAGCAUCUUCUUCACUUACCCUCGUUGGGUCCGAUACUCAGAAUGUUGUUUACUGGGGUCAGAACGGUGCUAGUGCUGUUGAGAACAAUGACUUGACCACCUACUGCAAGUCAAAUUCCGACAUAGAUAUCAUUGUACUCGCCUUCUUGAACCAGUAUGGAAAUGGUCAGACCAUUCCAUCUGGCUCAAUUGGCCAGUCAUGCUCCAUAUCAACGUCUGGUGAGCCUCGGGAAUGCGAUGCCCUAGCCGCGGCUAUCCAGCAAUGUCAGUCAAAUGGGAUUAAGGUGAUAUUGUCCUUGGGUGGUGCAGUAGGCACCUACUCGCUCUCAUCCCAACAAGAAGCCGAGAUUAUCGGACAGAAUCUAUGGGAAGCGUAUGGCAAUACGGACGGGAGCGAUAUCCCCCGACCCUUCGGUAGCACCUUCGUCAACGGCUGGGACUUCGAUCUUGAACGUAAUAGUGGCAACCAAUACUAUCAGUAUCUGAUUAGCAAAUUACGCUCUAAUUUCGCAUCUGACUCCUCUAAUACUUACUACAUCACUGCUGCACCGCAGUGUCCUAUACCAGAACCUAACAUGCAAGAGGUCGUCACCAAGGCCCAAUUUGACUACUUGUGGGUUCAGUUCUAUAAUAAUCCUAGCUGCUCUGUCAACAAUGCAAUCAAUUACGAUCAAUGGGUGUCCAAUAUCGCGAACACUCCCUCUCUCAAUGCCAAGAUUUUUAUUGGCGUACCAGCAUCUCCAUUUGGAGCCACGGGCACCCAGAGCGGCUCGCAAUACUACCUCGCACCGAGCGAUCUCGCCUCCCUUGUCAGUCAGCACAAGGGCGAUACCGCCUUUGGUGGAAUCAUGAUGUGGUCUGCUAGCUUCUCUGAUGCAAACGUUAAUAAUGGAUGCACCUACGCCCAGGAAGCUAAGCACAUCCUUAGCACUGGCUUGCCUUGUUGA